UGGGUGUUCCUGGUUCACAGAUGCCGGCUCAAUCCGCAGUUUACAGACAGGCGUGGGAGAGCUUCAUGGGGAAACCAGAUUCUGGCAUGGAAAGGACUACUGCAAUUUUGUCUUCAAAGAUUGGGUUCAACUUGAUAAACCUUUUGCUGAUUUCAUUGAUAGGUACUCCACUCCCCGGAUGCCCUGGCAUGAUAUUGCCUCUGCGGUCCACGGGAAGGCAGCUCGUGACGUGGCGCGUCACUUCAUCCAGCGCUGGAACUUCACGAAGAUUAUGAAACCAAAAUAUCGGUCCCUUUCUUAUCCUUUUCUGCUUCCAAAGUCUCAAACAACAGCCCAUGAGCUGAGAUAUCAAGUACCUGGGUCUGUCCAUGCUAACGUACAGUUGCUCCGCUCUGCUGCUGACUGGUCUGCUGGUAUAAAGUACCAUGAAGAGUCCAUCCAUGCUGCUUACGUCCACGUGAUUGAGAACAGCAAGCACUACAUCUAUAUCGAAAACCAGUUUUUCAUAAGCUGCACUGGUGACAAAGUUGUGUACAACAAGGUGGGUGACACCAUUACACAGAGGAUCCUGAAAGCUCACAGGGAAAGCCAGAGAUACCGGGUGUAUGUUGUGAUACCUCUUCUGCCAGGGUUUGAAGGAGACAUUUCAACUGGUGGAGGAAAUGCUCUGCAGGCAAUAAUGCACUUCAAUUACAGAACCAUGUGCAGAGGAGAAAAUUCCAUCCUUGGUCAGUUAAAAGCAGAGAUUGGUAAUCAGUGGAUAAAUUACAUAUCGUUCUGUGGUCUGAGAACACAUGCAGAGCUUGAAGGAAACCUUGUCACUGAACUUAUCUAUGUCCACAGCAAGCUGUUAAUUGCUGAUGAUAACACUGUUGUUAUUGGCUCUGCCAACAUAAAUGACCGAAGCUUGCUGGGAAAGCGUGACAGUGAGAUGGCUGUCAUUGUGCAGGACACAGAGACGGUCCUUUCGGUCAUGGAUGGAGAAGAAUACCAAGCUGGUCGGUUCGCUCAUGGACUUCGGCUACAGUGCUUCAGGGUUGUCCUUGGCUAUCUUUCUGACCCAAGUGAGGACAUUCAGGAUCCAGUGAGUGACAAAUUCUUCAAGGAAGUGUGGGUUUCAACAGCAGCUAGAAAUGCUACAAUUUAUGAUAAGGUGUUCCGGUGCCUUCCCAAUGAUGAAGUGCACAAUUUAAUUCAACUGAGAGACUUUAUAAACAAGCCUAUAUUAGCAAAGGAAGAUCCCAUUAGAGCUGAAGAGGAACUGAAAAAGAUCCGUGGGUUCCUGGUGCAAUUCCCCUUUUAUUUCUUGUCUGAAGAAAGCCUACUGCCUUCUGUCGGAACCAAAGAAGCCAUAGUGCCCAUGGAGGUUUGGACUUAAAAGACCUUAUACUCGUUUGCAGUUCAAGGACUUCUACCCUGAGACCACGCUGCACACAGUGCCUUCCUGGAGACCUCACAGCCGAAGCCAGGCCCUAUGCACUCUGCUAUCCAACCCAUGGACCCUAUGAAAUGGCUGGGAAGAGCUGAAGUCACACUGAUGUAAGGACACUGAACAUCAGCAAGGCUUUGUAAUUCCUUCUGCCUAUCCUUGUGAAGAGGGGGCUGUGUUCUUGUUGGUAGCAUGCACUCAGUGACUUAAAACACAUACUCAAAUUCCAUGACAUACACCAAAAUCCAUUUCCUUUGCUAACAAGAAUUUAUUUGUAACUGUGAUCCAGGUUGCCAAAAGUUGUCAGAACCCCCUUAUGCUUUUCUGAUCAUUUAUGCAGCCCAUGUCUGCUGGACCUGCACUCAUCUCGUAGUCCAUACAGGCACUGUGUGAAAUAUUGUUUAUUGCUAAACAAUGUUGUGACACUGCUUCGUGAUUCUUCGAGGUUACACGGGAUGCUCCUGCCCACCUGGUCCUGAGGUAGUAGUGUUCACCUGACCAAGGACAUGGUCAUCAUUCCUUUUCAGUCACUGUAAGAACGGGACAGACUUGGGUCUACACAGCAGCCUGUGUUAGACCCUUCUGAUAACCUUGACACUAUAUCUUGACACCACCGAGCAACAGGAAGGAAUUCCAAUACUGAGGCAAAGAUUUCACUUUGCUCCCAAAGACACUGACAAGAUGUGUCCUUGUGAUAGUGCCCACCUGACCAAAUCUGAAAACAUGCGUAGGAGAUUUGAUUACACAGCAACCAGAUAAAACUCCCAGUAUGCAGGCUUCAGAAACCUGCAAUGUGUCAGUGGGGAUUUGAUCCAGAUAAGAAAAGAUUCCUUCUAGUAGUGUAAAAUUUCCUGUCAUCUUUAGCCGAUGAAUUGAUUGAAAUUUAAGUUUCUACAUUUCAAAAUCAAGCCAGUGAAUACAAUUUGUCUUUCAAUAGAAUCAGAGGCUUUGUAACUCCUACCAAGUUAAUAAGUAUGAGUCUAACUUUAUUUGGCAUUCAGCCUUCCAGCUAUGUUAUCUUUUUUUAAAAAAAAACUAAUUGUAAAAUAUAUGCUGCUUUGCUUACACGAUUAAAUAUACAUUAUUAAAUAUAACAUUCCACCAGAACUUCCGAAGAAGUUAGAAUACUUUUUAAUUCAUAUUGUCCUAGUCUCUGAAUUGUUGUGGAAACCUGUUUUUCCUUUUUGGAUUUUUGAGUACCUUUUGGUAGAGCAGAGCUCUAAUUUUACUAAGCAGAACUGCUCUCACAGCCUGCAGAGUUGAUGUGGGUUCCCAAAAGGCCUGUACCUGUAACACGUGGUACAGAUACAGUCGGUGCAGGGAUUACACGUGCCUGUGGGUUGCCUGGACAGAAUCUCAUUUGGGUAGUUCUUGAAAAAAGCAAGCACCCAAUCCCAGUUUUCAUGGAGCUAAUAUUCCAAUUGGAAAGGUUAAACAAGAGCACAAAGUUGGUGAUAUGGGAAGAAACAGUGGAGAGAAAUAGUGUCAUGUCCAGGAGAGGAUUCAUAGCUGGAGAACACUUCACAAAUGAGGUGGGAUUUUAUAACCAAUAAUGGAAAUGAACUUUUGUAUGAGUUAAUAACUUAUUUCUCAUAUGGCUGAAGAUGGUAAAAGGACUUCAUUCUAUAGUAGCUGUAAGAAAGACAUUUGCUAUUUAUAAAGGAAGUUUAAAUCGGCAUUUGAAGUAUUGACUAUGUGGAAUAUCUAAUGAUUUCUUAUAUUUUAUUUUUAAAUAUUUUUAAAACUAUCAACAAACUGGCUCUUGAUUUUGUGCAAGGUGUUCCCAUAAAACCAUGAAAAAUAAAGCCUGAAGGAUCCUUUCCCUUUCCCUGAUCCAACCACUCCUCAUUUUAUAGGUGAAGAAACUGAGGCUGCUGUUAGAUGGACUCACUUAAAUUCACCCAAUUUAUAGAUGGUGGAACCUGCACUAGUGAAAUUGCUGCAUCCAUUAUUGGCCUCUCUUUCACUUCAUCAUUGCUCCAAGAUGGAGAGAUGCAGUAAAUAGAUUUCAGACAGGCUAUCUCCGAGCUAUUUUGAAUCCUGUGAUAUUAUGUGUAUUUAUGUUUUUGUAUCCCCGUACUAGACUGUAAGCUCCAUGGGGCAGGGAUUUUACUGUGUUUUGUUUGUAAUGUAUCCCCAGCAAGUGGAACAGUGCCUGGCACAUAAAAGAUGUCAAUAAAUGUUUGUGGAAUGAAUAAAUGAGGUGGAGGAGAAAGCUAAUGAAAUGAAAAGCUUACUGAAUCACAGACGA